GUAGACCGUUAACGUAUGCGGCUUCUUUAUUUUUUUUCUCUUGAACAUGGUAUAAUCCAGUAUCGUUUACAAGAUGGCAGCUUCGGUGGAAGACGAAUUUGAAGAUGCACCUGAUGUAGAGCCUCUGGAGCCGACGUUAAAAAAUAUAAUAGAGCAGAAAUCUCUGAAGUGGAUCUUUGUGGGUGGGAAAGGCGGCGUGGGAAAAACGACAUGCAGCUGCAGUUUGGCCGUGCAGUUGUCCACGGUCAGGGAGAGUGUCCUGAUCAUCUCCACAGACCCGGCACACAACAUCUCAGACGCCUUCGACCAGAAGUUCUCCAAAGUUCCCACCAAAGUGAAGGGCUAUGAUAACCUCUUCGCCAUGGAGAUUGACCCGAGCCUGGGCGUGGCCGAGCUGCCGGACGAGUUCUUCGAAGAGGACAACAUGCUGAGUAUGGGCAAGAAGAUGAUGCAGGAAGCCAUGAGCGCCUUCCCCGGCAUCGACGAGGCCAUGAGCUACGCCGAGGUCAUGAGGUUAGUAAAAGGCAUGAACUUCUCGGUGGUGGUGUUCGACACGGCUCCCACAGGCCACACUCUGCGUCUGCUCAACUUCCCCACCAUCGUGGAGCGAGGCCUGGGUCGCCUCAUGCAGAUCAAGAACCAGAUCAGCCCCUUCAUCUCUCAGAUGUGUAACAUGCUGGGGCUGGGAGAUAUGAACGCAGAUCAGCUGGCGUCCAAACUGGAGGAGACGCUUCCUGUUAUCCGCUCCGUCAGCGAGCAGUUUAAAGACCCGGAGCAGACGACGUUCAUCUGCGUGUGCAUCGCCGAGUUCCUGUCCCUGUACGAGACGGAGCGUCUGAUCCAGGAGCUGGCCAAGUGCCGCAUCGACACACACAACAUCAUCGUCAACCAGCUGGUGUUUCCUGAUGCAGAGAGACCCUGCAAGAUGUGCGAGGCCAGACACAAGAUCCAGUCCAAGUACCUCGACCAGAUGGAGGACCUGUACGAGGAUUUCCACAUAGUCAAACUGCCUCUACUGCCUCACGAGGUACGAGGAGCGGACAAAGUCAACACGUUUUCCAAACUACUCCUGGAGCCCUAUAAUCCCCCCAAGUGACUUACCUUACCUUAAACACACACACACACACACAACCUUCUGCCGUUCCUCGCUGGUCAGUUAACCCUCUCAGACCCCACAGCAACACGUCUUCGUCAUCCUGCUCGUCAUCGUCCGAUCUGGAAAGCUUUAUCGUGAUAAAGGCUCGCAACAUUACAUCUCCCUGUCUCUGUCUCUCUCUCUCCUUCACACCAUUUCUCGAGGCGGUUUAUUUUGCUCACGGCCAUUCCCGAUUCUUAUCCGUUAAACACACCCGAGUGAUUAUUUUAUCGUGUGAUGGUGAUUUAUGUGUAAAAGGGUAUAAAAACUGUUCGAAAGAUGACGAAAAAACGCAUCUGAUCUGUGACUAAGAAUGUACUUGAUGUUUUGAAACUGAUCGCUUGAACGUCUUCUCUGUCCAUCUCUCUGUAUUCGUUAGCAGAGUGUUGAAGGAGUUUGUCUCGAACCGAAUCCAGAUUCUUACUGAUGUUCAAACAGAACGUAGAUGAAGUCCCAAGCCCCGCCUCCCAAAUUUCACCAGGAGCUUGAAAUCCGCGGCUCUUUUUACGUUCGUUUAUAUAAGAACGGAAUUACAGUUCUUCCUCUAAAGUUUAAUUGAGAUUGAGUUUCAGUACUUGUAUCUCCUACACAGAAACCCCCCCAAACUCAUCAGAUUUAUUUAACUUGAUUAGUUUUGUUCUACUUACUUUAAGUAAAUGUCACUGAACAGCUGUAAGGAUGAUGUGUAAAUAAGAAGCUACGU